AUGGCAGAUAUCGACUUCUCCCAAUACUUGAGCCCGUUCUCCUUAUUACCUGCCGAACUCAUUGAAACCAUAAUCUCUUUUAUGGAUCUAUCCUCCAUCAAGGCCACCCGUUUAACUUGCAAAGUGCUCUGCAUACCCAGUACACCUCACCUCGUACCCCCUCACUUCCACUCCUUCGCCCAUUGUCCAGAUUCCAAUCGCCUCCUUCAAAUCUCUCGCCAUCCAAUCUUUUCCCUCUCCAUCAAAACUCUCGAACUCAACCUUGGCGAAUUCAACGAGUAUCGAGCAAGGCAUAAUACAUAUUUCUCUCAAAUUACGCGCGAUCCAGAAACUCGAGUCGCUGAGGCUGAAGAAGCUUGGUUUCAAUAUUCUAAACUCAAAUCCUUGAGGGAAGAAUAUGCCCCCUGGAUGUGUGAUCAGACUAUAUUGUCUGAAGUCUUCCGUUCUCUACCCAAUCUAUCUGCAUUGUCCGUGUCUAUGGUGAAUUUUCCACUACCCAAUGAACCGGAGCUGGCCCUACUAGCAUCAAUUUGGAAAAUUCCUUCUACGAGACUUCUCCGCAGAGAACUAACCAAGGAACGUUUUACCAAUGUUCUAUCUUCAUUACUCCCCAGCGUCGAAAAUCUGAAAUUGAAGAACCUGUCUCAUGAUUGCUUACCAUUCGAAUUUUUCGCGCAGAACAAAACUCUUAUCGAGUCUAUGACACCCAUUUUUCACAAGCUCACAGAUCUACGUUUGGUCCUGGAUUAUAGCGAUACACCCAAUGACUUGCAUUCCCAGCAAGCACUUGCGAACCUCGCUACAUGUUUACAGGCCGCUGCGACUUUGGAGAAUUUAAAUCUUUGCUUUCAGUCCAGGCGGAAGAUUGAUAUUACAUCACUUCUUGAGAAUCUCCUAUCAAACUCGAUUUUUUCCCAUCUCCAAAGCCUCCAUAUAGAAGGUUUAGCAAGUGCAUUCUAUCCUCUGGAACAAUUUCUUAGAUCUUUGGCACCUAAUCUUCAAGUACUAGAAUUUGGAGGAGCAGGAUGUCAUGGACCGAAUCAACUUUCCAAUGGAGGGAUACAUCUACUGGAUGGGAGAUUUCUCGAGUUAUUUAAAAAUGUGGAGGAGGCUCUGGGGGACUCGUUGACGAAAUUUGUUGUUAGGGGAGAUUUGGUGGAGGUAGAUGGUGGAGAUGCUUGGUUUCUCGAUAGGGAAGUUGGGUGGCAUGGGGUCAUAAAUUGA